AUGCAUUCUUUCACUCUUCUCACGUCACUCCUGUCACUUUCCUUCACGGUCUCGACCUUAGCAGCUCCGGUCUUAUCCUCCAAAGCAACAGUUUCAGGGAGAGCACAGCUACCCCCGAGUGCUUCAGAUGUUUUAGGUGCUAUAGAGGGACUCAGUCGUGAUAUGAAAGCUGUAACAAGCGCUCUCGAUGUACUCCUUACUGCAACAGAUGCCACUGUCAUUUCCGACUUAGCACAACAGGCCAACGACAGGGAGUUAAAUGGAGAGAGACACCGCAUCAUCUUGAAAGCCGCAACUUUGAAUACAAAUCAGGAAUCUGAAGGCAAUGUAGCAGAAAGUUCGAUCAAAAUCAGCCUUCACGGUGACGGCAAAUCACCUGAAAGCGCUGACUCGUCCAUCUUCGGAAAAUUACAGACAAUUAUCGAUGCGCCUGCUUCUGGACAAGUUGUCAACAACCUUGCACGAGAAAUUGAAAAAACACGAAGUUCGUUCAUGUUGCCAUCUAUUGCAGAUCUCAUGAAUGCUGCCUUAGCUGCGACUGGUCAAGCCGAGUUGACAGUGGAGAGAGCCGAUCUCGGGCUCAGAGGUACCAUAACCCGUUGA